UUUCGACCCCUCUCUGAUGAUGAACGUUUGACACGCAGUUCGAACAACGCGAACUUCUCAACUGACUUCAGCUCCAGCGCGCAACCUCCGCAGGCCCCGGCCACGUGCGCGAGCUACGACGGCAUAUUCCUGGCACUUAGCGGGCUCACCGCUUUCGCCAACAUUUUCUGGUACCUGCACAGGAUCCGGCUGGUGGGCAAAAUCUGGCGGUUCGUGUCUGAUAACCAAAUCGCCGAUCCUAGCAACAAUCCGCUGCGCGUAACUCGCACGUUGCAGUCCGCUAACCUGUACAAGGGCCCACCUGGCGGACGAUUCCCCUUCUUGGCGGCGUGA